AUGCAGCCAACUGAGACCUCACAGAAGGAAGAGUGGAUGACAAUGAUUAUAUGGCGCGGCUGCCUAGCACGUCUUUCGGUUCUGCAAAUGCAACUACCCUUGCUGCUACCCCUACAAGUAGCACUGCUGUGCUUCAUCUUAUUACUACCGCCGUCAGUGGCUGCGCAAGGACCACUGCCGUCAUCGCCACCACCCCCUCCCCCCCCACCCUUCACCAACAUCGCCAUCGGGAAGACCAUAUACGCAUCAUCCCAGUUUUCCAGCCAAUACGCUCCCGUCAAUGCCAUUGAUGGAAUCAUUCCCUCAGCGGGCAGCAACAGCAGCACCUUCAUCAGCGCAAACGGUACGGGCGAAUGGCUAGUGAUCGACUUUGGUGAAGCGAUGACCAUCUCCAGUAUAGCUCUAUACCACCGCAGAGACUGCUGCGGCCAGGAGCUUGUGAAUGCUGAGUUCAGGCUUGGAGGUGCCGCCGUUCUCCUAUCGGAUGCGAGCAACUACUUUUAUAAUUACCGUCUCGAUAAUGCAUCAUCCGGACCUGGCACGACUGGCGGCGUAAUCCUCCUUAACCUCAACCCGCCUAGAACCGGUCGCACUCUUUUGGUUCGGAACAGCAACGUCAACCCAAGCCCAUAUGUAAGGUUGGCGAUGGCGGAGCUGCAGGUUUACGGCAUGCCUGCAGGUAAUAAUCAAGAUUGA